UCACGCUGUAUCGUCUGUAUCGCCUGUAUCGCCUGUACCUAUCUGGACAGGUACACUGCCCUCCAAGCCGGUGGAUAGACGACUCGAUUCACCAGGUGCAUUCAAAUGGCUGCGCGGAAAGUAAUUGCAGAUUCCGAAGACGAGGACGAGGGGGAUGAAAUCUUGUUGCUUCGGCCUGAGGGUGAUGUUGACCGGCCUGAGCCUGAGCCUCUCAGCCCAGAUCACCAGCCAUCAAGUCCAACAGCCGCCGCUUCUGAGCAUCACAAUCAAUCAUCAGACAUCACCAAUCCUUCGUUUUUUGCAAAUAUUUAUGAAAACCAGCAGCUUUUAGCGGUACAGCAAUCCAAUCUUGUCGAAAAUAUUGUGCGACAGAGUCAGAGGGCCAGCGCUAGUAGCGGUGACGUUUCGCUCCCCGCUCUGAAGAGGCGACGGGUCAAUCCAUCAUCUGGCACUGAUGUGACUUCACCAAGGGCACCGGGCAGGCCACGUAAUCGUACCACCGUCUUGACUGACGAUGCAUCUGAAUUCACUACACCCCGUAAGAGUACCGGUCAAGAAUGGGACAUUCCAAGCAGCCCGGAAAAUGCGGCCGCAUCAUGCCACACUCAACGUCCAACAAGCAGGGGAGAAACUCACGGCGAAAGGAAACGGAGGAAGUUAAAACUACCAUCGAGUCCUGCUGCUCCUAUAUCUGGGGUUGCAAAGACUACACCAAAAGCACCUCUGGAGGAUGCCGAUGCCGAGACUCAAGUAGAUGGAGUCCUAACAGCAGGUGCCGUGUCAACGCCGCCCGCGAGAAACCAUGAUUUUACUCUACCAGACACCACCAAGUUCUACAUUGCUCAGAGCAAUCUUACAACCAUGCAAAAGCUCGAGUAUCAGAAAGUUAAUGUAUCCAACGGUUAUGGUGGACUUCCGGGAUCUUUGCCACAUCAGAAAUCAAGCGGGGUCACGACGAUUGCUUAUUCAACGCCUAGCGGAUACUCGCCGGUCCCACCUCUACCCUGGGAAGAACCUCUUGUCGCUAGUCCCCAGCAUAACAACAUCAUAAAUAUGAUAAGUUCUUCGCCAAAUAUGGCUGACUCUGGCUUUGAAUUACUCAGUCAAGGGGUUCCUGUCACCAAUAUAGAGGUGGAGGUACCUGUGGCGAAUGAGAGCCACGAGUCCCCUGGUGUACCUCAGGGCCGAACACCUGUGAGCAAAGGAAAGAGGAGAGCCAGACAUGUUAUUGAAGAAGAUGAGCUAUGCCGAGACGAUCCUUGGGAUGCGGACGAUAUUGAUGCACUGCAGAACUCAUACAAUCCUAGACCUACGAAACGAAGGUUAGUAGGGACUAGAAAUCCCGCGGACAUUGGAGAGAAUGUAAAUGGCCUUGAGGACAUCACAAGCGACCCCAUGCCGCCAACGCAGAGUCCACCUAAGCUUCCAGUAUUGGCAUUACUGGAUACUGACCCUGUUGAGCCGCCACCUACUGAACCACCACCCGAGGCUCCUCGAAAACGUGGGCGCAAGAAGAAGCAGCCUGUGUCCGAAACUCCCCCAACUCCGACGGAGGCAAACAACGAUUCGCAAUGGCAUCAAACCCGACCCAGUCCACAUGAAUCUGCCGCAGUGGAACCAUCACUGGAGAAACCGAAGAAGAGACGGGGUCGCCCUCGCAAGUCAGAGCCCUCAAAACUUGUUGAAGAAUCAUUGCCUGAGCCAUUCAUAGCUGAUGGGUUGCCGGAAAAUGAUUUACCUCAAGAAAAUAACGGUCUGAAUGAACCUGGCGUGGUGAAAAGGCAGAAAUAUUGCAAAGAAAAGAAGAGGAGCACCGUUGAAGAGGACGAUCCUCUAGACUUGGAAGAGGACAGGCCACCUCUCAAAGAAGUAGACAGCAACAUCGGGACCCCCUCUAAGUCAGUUUCCGCCCAAGAGUUACCUGAAAGUGCAAGCGCAGAGUCCGGAGAUAAGAUCUCAACUCCUAAAAUACAGUCAAGAGAGACUCCUACUCUAGGUGCUUUACAGUCAAAGGUCCGAUACCGAGUCGGCUUGAGCAGACGCUCCCGUAUUGCACCCUUGUUGAAGUCUAUCAGGAAGUGAAUGUAGAGUAGGAUUGGGCUAUUGAAGUAUCGAAAUUACAGUGGCACCGCCAGGUAUUCAUCAUGCCGAUACGUGCUAUGCGAUAAAUAAGACAAGUCUCAUGGUAUUCGGGAAGACGACAUUACCUCCAAAGAGAUUCUGACUAUCUGUCAUAUCGUGAUACAGAAAGCAAAUCACCAGCCAUUAGCGACACGCCUCUCAUUGUUAGACGUCGCCUUCUAAGAUUUUGAGGAGUCACCCCAAGCCUUCUCGGGUUAUCAUAUCUGAUAAAGUGUGAGAAUGAGGUAUACCCAUCGAAUAAAUAUUGUUCGGUAAUAGAUGAUACCACCUCCAAUCGUCA